CAUCAUAUAUGAUUAUUUGUUUAUUUAUUUAUAUUAAUAAUUAUUAAGAAUAAUAUAGAAUUAAUUUUAUUAUUGUUUUUAUUACCGAUUUUGACGUGACAGAGACGAUUUGAAAUAACUUUCAAUAUGAUGUGGGAUUCCUCAACAUUUUUAGGUGCAUUAACGCCUAAGUUUUACGUAGCCUUAACCGGUACUUCAUCUCUAAUAUCCGGCUUAAUACUUAUAUUCGAGUGGUGGUAUUUUCGAAAAUAUGGCACUUCGUUUAUAGAACAGGUAUCACUGACACAACUGGGGCCAUGGCUCGGUGGAAACAGUUCGCAGGCCACCGAGCCAGAAGGUGGCGAUUGCAAAGUGUGGCGCAAUCCCAUGUCGCUCUUGCGCGGUGCGGAGUACGGCAGGCUAUGGAGCGCUGCACGUCGAGCUCCACUUACCUACUAUGAUAUGAAUCUAUCUGCCCAAGAACACCAGGCGUGGUUCGGUAGCGGGGGAGGAGGCGCGGGUGGCGCGGACGAGGCGUUGGCACGUGCGUGGCGCGAGCGUGAGCCAGCGACGCGAGUUGCGUGCGCGCGCGCCGCUCUCGCGCUUCGUCCCGACUGUGCCGCCGCGCUGCUGCUACUUGCAGAGGAGGAUGCGCCUACCGUACUUGAAGCGGAGCGCGUACUGAGGCGUGCCUGGCGCGCGGGCGAGGCGGCGUGGCGCGCUCUGGCAGCCGCGGGCGCGGCCGGCGCGGCGCGGCGCGAGGCGGCAGUACUCGCGCACGUCAAGCGGCGCGCCGCCAUGUGCGCGCGUCGGCUCGGUCGCCUGCGCGACGCCGCGCGCUUGUUCCGCGAGCUGGCCCGUGACGCGCCACCUGCGCUGCACGCGCUCGCCCUGCACGAGAACCUCAUCGAGGUGCUUCUGGAGCAGCGCGCUUACGCCGAUGUGCAGGCUGUCCUGGCCCGGUAUGAUGAUGUGGGAUUGCCAAGGUCAGCCACGGUGUGCUAUACGGCAGCACUGCUUCGGGCACGCGCUGCUAGCCCGGCGGCGGGUGCGGGUGCGCGUGCGCAUGCUGAAGCGGUAGCUCUCGAAGCUAUUCGCCGCGCCAUCGAAUUCAACCCUCACGUGCCCGAAUACCUGUUGGAAUUACGGCCACUGACGCUCCCACCAGAGCACGUGCUCAAGCGCGGUGAUAGUGAAGCUGUCGCGUACGCAUUUUGGCAUCUCCGGCACUGGCGCGCUGCGGACGGCGCACUGCGGCUGCUGGGCGCGGCGUGGGCGGCAGCAGAGCGGGAGGGUGCAGACGCGGGGGUGGGGCGAGCCGGAGCGUGCCUGCAGUGUGCGGAUCGCGAGCUGUUGCCGGCGCACCACACGCUGUCCGUGUUCCCGCGCCGGCGAGCGCCGGCUCUUCUGCCGCUCGCUGCGGCGCUGUGCGCGGCGACGGCGCUGCUGGCGCUGCUGGCGCACCGCUGGCCGGCGGCGGCGGCGCAGGCUGCGCGGGCAGCGGCGCAGGCGCUCGACCCGCGGCCGCUACUACGCCUACUCACUGCUAUUUGAGCGCCCUCUCCGAGAUUAGUUUUAAAUUAUCAUAUAAUAGUUAUAUGUGUUACGUUCGUGCGUAAUUUAUUUAUUUAUUUCGGUCGAAUUAAGUUUUCUAUAUAUGUAAGUUAAGAUACUGUAAGCUCA